UGAAGAAGAAGAUGUUGGGGAAGAAGUUGAUGGCGAAGAAGAUGGACUAGAAGAUGAGGAUGUCAAACUUCUUCGCAAAUUGAAGGUGUUGGAACAACUUGCAAAAACACAGGAUGAAAUUCAGCAGUUGAGGACAAGUGUUAGAGGCAUUGAGGCCACACUGGUUGAGGUCAAAGACAUGUUAUCUAAGGUGAUGGGGGUGGUUCUGCAUGGGAAUGUUCCCACACAAGAGCAGGAAGUGGUCAGUGCUGAGAAGGAUAAUGGCAAGCGUGAUGAUGUUGAAGCUAACCACUGUACUGACCAUGACGUGGCGGAUGUGCGCAUGGAAAAUAUGGCUGAGGAGGAGCCUAAUUUGCAGCAUGAUUCCAUUGAAGAGAGUGAGGAAAGCGAGCAUGGCACUCCGGCCGUGGUAACUAAAGCGAAGCCUGAGGAGGAGGAUUUAGUCCACAGUGGAGAGCCUAAUUUGCAGCAUGAUUCAAUUGAAGAGACUGAGGAAAGAGAGC